AUCGUAGAUCGAUAAUGAUCAUGUGCUUUCCGAACCGACCCCUCUAUGCUUAUUCAUCCAACCUGGCGCCAUUCCAAAAGCGGUAAACCAUAAACACCUGAUUACCGCCGGCAAAACAGCCGCGCCCGCCAAAAACAGUCUCGUUCCACCAUCUCGGCGGCCAGCGAUCGUACGCACAUCUACUUUCUUAUCGCCAUAUCUCCAUCUCAUGUACUGUAACAACUGAGUGCAUGGGACUGGAUUGGUGUCGCAACCAUGCGGAUUACAGAAAUUAUUAUUGACGGCUUCAAAUCGUACGCUGUGCGUACGGUCGUCUCAGGAUGGGACGAAUCCUUCAACUCGAUCACUGGCCUGAACGGCAGUGGUAAAUCCAACAUUCUCGAUGCGAUUUGUUUCGUCCUCGGAAUCACGAAUAUGAGCACGGUUCGGGCGCAGAACCUCCAAGAUCUCAUCUACAAACGUGGCCAGGCCGGUGUGACGAAGGCCAGUGUGACCAUCGUCUUCGAUAACCGUGAUACCGCGAAAUCCCCGAUCGGUUUCGAGGAAUAUGCGAAUAUUUCCGUUACGCGACAGAUCGUCCUCGGCGGUACGAGCAAAUAUCUGAUCAACGGCCAUCGCGCACAACAGCAGACGGUGCAGAACCUCUUCCAGAGUGUUCAGCUGAACAUUAACAACCCCAACUUCCUUAUUAUGCAGGGACGAAUUACGAAGGUUUUGAAUAUGAAGGCUGUUGAGAUUCUGUCCAUGAUCGAGGAAGCAGCAGGCACGCGAAUGUUCGAGGAUAGACGGGAGAAGGCGGGCAAGACAAUGGGCAAGAAGGACUUGAAACUGCGUGAAAUGGAGGGACUACUGAAGGAAGAAAUCGAACCGAAACUCGAAAAACUUCGUGCCGAGAAGCGUGCUUUUCUCGAUUUCCAACAGACCCAGAACGACCUGGAGCGGUUAACGAGGCUGGUUGUCGCUCACGACUACAUCCGAGGCAACGAACGGUUACGGGUUGCUGGAGAUGAGUGUGAAGACAAGAGGCAAAAAGUCCAAACAUUUGAGGAUAACGCAUCUAAACUGAAGAACGAAAUUGGUCAUCUGGAGGAAGACGUUAAGCGGGUGCGGGCAGCUCGCGAUAAAGAGUUGCGCAAAGGAGGAAAGUUUCAAGGCCUUGAAGAUGAUGUUAAGGCUCAUUCGCAUGAGCUGGUCCGAUUGACGACUGUUUUCGAUCUCAAGAAUGCCAGUAUUGUAGAGGAGAAGGAAAGGCAGAAGGACAACCAAAAGACCGUGAAUGACCUUGAGAAGCUUCUCAAAGAAAAGAAGGACAUCUAUGAUAAACUACAAGCCCAAUACGAUACUGCGAAGGCGGAACUUGACGCUCAGACCGCCGGAGUAGAACAGAAGGAAGAAUUGCUCCAGUCAUUACAAACUGGUGUCGCAUCCAAGGAAGGUCUGGAAAGUGGGUACCAAGGACAAUUGCAAGACGCCCGAAACCGUGCUAGCGGUGCUGCCACAGAACAAGAGCAAGCCAAACUCAAGAUUGCUCAUUUGGAAAAGAGGGUUAAAGAAGAGGAGCCGCGCGCCAAAAAGGCAAAGCAGCAGAACUCUGGUCUUUUACAAGAUUUGGAGGGUCUGAAGUCGCAGGCCAAGAAGCUGGAAUCUGAGCUUACGAGACUUGGGUAUGAACCUGAUAAAGAAGAGCAGAUAUACCAGGAACAAAGUGGCCUGCAGAAGGAUAUCCGUGAACUCCGAGGAAGAGCCGAUGAACUCAAGAGAAGGGUGGCCAACAUUGACUUCAAUUAUACAGACCCACAUCCCGGAUUUGACCGAUCUAAAGUCAAGGGCUUGGUUGCCCAGCUCUUUACUUUGGACAAGGAAAAGAUUCCCACUGCGACGGCGCUGGAAAUCUGCGCUGGCGGUCGCCUGUAUAACGUUGUCGUCGAUAGCUCUGAAACCGAUCUCAUCUUUCAGGGCAUCCGUGGAGAAGAUCGGCGCAGCUCAGAACAUUGCACCUGGUAAAGUUGAUCUUGCCUUGGAGCUGAUCGGGUACGAGGAAGAAGUUACGGCUGCUAUGAAUUAUGUGUUUGGGAACACGCUGGUUUGCCAGGAUGCGGAUACGGCCAAGCGAGUGACAUUCGAUCCAUCUGUCCGUAUGAAGAGCGUUACUCUCGAUGGUGAUGUUUAUGACCCGUCAGGCACUUUGUCUGGAGGUAGCGCACCGAAUUCGAGUGGAGUACUUGUCACGUUGCAAAAAUUGAACGAAAUCACUCGAGAAAUCCGGAUUAAGGAGCGUCACUUGGCGAGCUUGGAAGAGAACAUGAGAAAGGAGAAGAAGAAGCUCGACGCUA